AUGGCAUCUACGGCGCCGCCCCAGACCUACCCCUACGCCGCAGCCGGUGUCCCGCCCCCGCCACCUUCGGGCGCAGAGCACAUCGGCUCCACCAACCCCGGCCCCUUCGUCGACGAAAAGCUCAACGCCUUCCCCAGCGGCAUCACACCACCCCGCUCGGCCAAGCCCUCGUCGUCCCUGUUUGGCUUCCUCGACCCCAUCGUCUCCCCCAUCUCUAGCGCCAUCCAGUCCAUCCAGGAUGUACGACAGAGGCUCGAGCUCUCCAACCCGGGCACCGUCGAGCACCUCCAGCGCGAGGUCAAGGGCGUCCACCCCACCAACUUCAUGUUCGAGGGCGCGAGAGCCGACCUCACAAAGGCUCUCAGCAUGAACCCCAUCUUCCAGGUCACACAUGCCUUCUCCCUGGGCCAGCCGGGUGCCCCCGGCUCCUACAACUUUGGCGCAGUCUACGGCGACUCCAAGUCGUUCUUCCAGGCGGGUCUUGAUGACGGCCUCAAUGUCACGAUGCGCGCCAACCGCGGCUGGGUACCCGGACACACGACCAAGGUGCAGGCGCAGCUCAGCGCAACUGCGGGCCAGAGCUUUGUCCAGAUGGAGCACGACUACCAGGGAGCCGACCACAGCGCCAACAUCAAGGCGCUCAACCCUUCGCCGGCCGACUUUACGGGCAUCUACAUUGUCAACUACCUCCAAUCGCUCACGCGCAACUUUGCCCUCGGUGUCGAGACCGUCUACCAGCGACCCUCGGCCGACAUGGAGGAGGCCUCGACCGGCUACCUGGCCAAGCUGACGGGCGACAAGAAGGACUGGAUCGCCACCGCCCAGGUCCAGCCGCAGGGCGUGGCCCAGUGCACCUACUACCAGAAACUCAGCGAGCAGGUCGAUGUCGCCGCCGACCUCCAGGUCGUGGCGAUGGGCGCCAAGCGCGAGGCGCAGGCCACGUUGGGCGCCAGGUACGCCUUCCGGAUGGCCACUCUCCGCGCCGCCGUCGACUCGAUGGGCAAGAUCUCGUCGGUCUACGAGACGCGGCUGUCGCCCGCCUUUGGCCUCACGUUCAGCGGUGAGAUCGACCACCUCCAGGGCGCCAGCAAGUUUGGUUUCGGCAUCUCGAUUGAGAGCGGCGGAGAGAUGGACCCCAACGCUCCCCCGCCCACGCCGCCGACGGUGCCCAUGUGA